AUGACCACCGAGCAGCAGCAGCGCGUCCUCCUGCGCAUCAAGCGCAAGCGCACGGACGAUCCCGUCGAGCGCCUCGUCGUGCACUCCCAUCACCAAGUGCUUCUGAAGAAGUCAAAGCUCGAAGAUGCGCUCGAGAGCCUCUCGCUCAAGCCAGACCCGGCGGCGGCGGCGACGCCCGAGCCCGAGACAGCGCCCGUGUCGGUCAUUCUCUUCACCCGCAUCGACACCAUGGCGAGUACGACAGACGACAAGAUGCGCCAGCGACUGGCCAAGACGAUGCAAAAGCACCAUCUCGACCGGUCCAAGAAGACGGCGGCGACGACCACGCUCGAGUCGCGAUCCAACCUCGCACAGCAGCGCAAGGACAAGCGUCUCGAGCGCGUUGCCAAGGGCCGUGGUCUUAACCUCGUCGACGUCGCCUUGCCGACAACGACGUCACCGGCCACGACGACGACGGCCAGCGCGCCGCUGGCGGUGAACGGCGCCGAGCUCAAGGCCAAGGCGCUCAAGCGCGUGAUGAACCCGAUGGAGCGUCAAAUUGACGAAGCGAUCUGGACGGCGUUCAAGCGCAACGACUUUAGCGCAUUCUUCCGUCUCCAGCAGCAAAGCGCGACCAAGACCAUCGACCCGCUUCUGUUUCAGCGACCGGCGGACGGCGGUUCGCUGCUCAUGGCCGCCGCCAUGCACAACCGCACCGACGUUAUCGAGGCCCUCCUUGCCAUCCACUCGAAGCACGUGGGGCUCUGCGACUACAACGGCAAGACCGCCGCCUCCUUUGCCGAAGACCACGGCCACGUAGCGGCGGCGACGGCGCUGCGCGCGUGCGAAGCUGUCGAGGACGACAAGCAGUACGUCUAUGACGUGUACAGCAUUGAUGUCUCGGCCACGAAGCAGCUGCCGACGCGUGCGCCGUCCGAGCUCGAGAACGUUCCUGUGGUGGAAGUCAGCACCUCGGUUGAGAAGUGGCUCAUGUACGAGGCGCAAGGCGACAUGGACUCUGCCGAGCGGGAGCUGCAUUUUGAUGCGAGCGACAGCGACAAGGACGACCAGCACGAGGACGAUGUUGACUCGAACGACGAAGGCUACGUCUUCAACGACUACCCGGACGAAGAGUCGUCGGACGAGGACAUCAACGACGCGGCCUCGGACGCCUCGGACGAGUGGCAGGCGGCCUGGCAGCGCAACGACCGCGACCUCAAGCACUCGGACGACCCGUGGUCGGCGGCGCACGCGCACCGCGACGACUAUGAAGCCGACGGCGACUACUAAUACCGGUAUACUACUAAUGAUGACAAGAAUUUAACCUUCAACUUCCAAUUUUAGUUGAAAUUCCA